CCUACCCUCGGGGUUCCCUGGCGCACUUCCAAUGAGCUUCUGGGUAAUUAAGAUCUAGGUCAGUUAGCCCUAGGCCCGUUCCUGGUUGUGCAGCAGGUGCAAAUCCACUGAAUUUCUUGGUCUCCUCACCUGUCAAAGGAUUAUCAGAAUCAAACUAGGCAGCCCAGUGUAUUACACAGAGGAGGCAAAACAAGUGGGUUUCCCUCCUCAAAGCCCAUCCAUGUCAUCUCAACCAGGAAGUCAUGGUCUCCUUGGAGAUCUGAGAUAACAGGAAAAGAGGCUCAUAGUUCACAGGGUCUUGUGUGUAUAGGAAAAGGAAAGAAAAGGGCAGUUAAUUUAUUUCCUAAAACAAGAGUCCUCCAGCAUAUAAUUCUGUCCUCUUCCCCAUCUUCUUUGUACCCUGCCCCUGGCAUGUUCAUUCUCACCUGAUUACACUGCUAUGAAAAAUACUGGGGAGUAGACACCAGGGUCCCCUAAGCUUGGCCCUGCAUAUAAAAUCAUAUGUAACAAGUUAGUUAGGGCUGCCAGAAAAACCUGAGCCCAGAGUAUCCAAAGGAACGUAGUCUGGAGGUUGAAGUGAGGGGCUGAGCCUGGGAAGAAUGGAGGAGGGACACCACCCCAAGACAGACAGCAGAGAAGUGUGGAAGACAAGAGCCAGGAGGGAGUCACGGACGUAGACCUACACUGACCAUGUGCUGACCCUAAGCACUGUCAGCAGGGGCCAGGGUUUGGGCUUACUCAGGCCUGGCCCAGCCCCAGGGUGUGAGAAACAAGGCCCAGGGGUUUGGCUCUCAGAAGGGUGACCCCAGGAAGGGGCCAGGGGUGUGAGGGACAAGCACCACUCAGCUGGCAGGAAGUCUCUGCUCUUUGCUGCUUGCCUGACCUGAACCCCCUCCCCCAUCUCCAUCCAAGACAAACAGCUGGAGGAGGAGGGCAUUGUCCUAUAGGCUUUGGGUUGCCAAUUACCCAUGAGUCUCCUCUCCAUAAAUGGGGCACUGGCAGAAUUAGACAGGUGACAUGGUUAGGGAAGCCACUAACCACCAGGGUUUAAACCUGCUCAUCUGAGGAGGCUGGGGUGGUAAGCACUUAGUCUUGAGGACCCCCUCCCCCACAGGGAUACAGGCAUCCCAGGUACCCUGCACACUUGGGACUAGAGCGUGUAAGUAUGCGUGCAGGAGAGGAAGAAAGCGUGCUGGGCCCGAGCUUUCCGUGGGUGUGCUUCUUGGGCCUGUGCCUGGCCAGCGAGCAUGUAUAUACAGGUGUCCCCAAAAAACGUAUACACACUUUAACAGCUAAUUUCUAUUACAUUUUGAAAAUGAAAUGUAUUUUAAUAAACACUGCCUUUAUAAUUAUACCAAGUGUGUAGACAUUUUGGGGGGACACCUUGUAUAUACCUGACCAUAUAUACCUGGGUUUGUAAGCAAUUACUGCAUAUAAUCGAUCACCCCUCCAGUGUUUAUCUUUAUAUAACUCCUCCUCUCCCCUUGCUUGGCACCCUUGGCCAUUGUACCUCUACACUUAUUUGUGGCCUUUCUCUGAGUCAAGCCUGCCUGCCUCCAGGACUAGCUGGAAAGCAGGGAAGGCAGAGGCAGUGUCUUGUUCUCUGCUCUGUCCUCAGAACCUAAAACCAGCCCAGUUCAUGAAUGUUCGGAUGAGCUGUUCUCUAUGUGUGUGAUUUGGGGGAUCCCUGAGGUGGGUUGCAGCUCUGGGGGAGAUAUGUUUCUCUAGGGUCCCAGAAGGAGAUGCAGCUGUGCCUGGAUGGGGGUAGGGAGGGUAGGCUGCUGAGUCAUCUGUGGGAAGAGGGAUCAGGAGGAAUGUGGGGCUGCCCUCAGCUGAGCUGGCCCUGGACAAGGUACCCCAGCCCAGGGGCCUUACCCCCUCCCAGCUCAGGCCUAUUCCCAGUAGGCCCUGGAGAAGAUGACUCUGCUCCUACGGAGGAGAGAGAGGCCAGGCCCGCCCAAGGCGCCCAGGGAAGGGCAGGCAGCCAGGCAGGAAGUGGGACAGAACAGGCUGGAGUAUUUGUUCUAUGUCCCAUGUCCCAGUCAGUGGGGGGAGGUGGUCACCCAAGGGCCUCACAGGAAGGGCCUGAACUGCCAGGAAGGAGCUGGGUCAGGCUCUCAGGCACAGCAGGGAUGCUACGUAGAGGCAGAGGUGGGGGCAGGAGCUGGACUCCCUUUCCCCUCAAGGGACCAAGGGCAGCUGGAAGCCCCUGGGCUGGGUCCAGAGCAAGGCAGGACUGACAGAACAACAGGACUUUUAUUCCCAGUAAGAUGGAGACCGUAGGCACCCUGACUCUGCAGAGGGGGCUCUCUCUGGGUCAUAGCACCUCAAGGGGGAGAGCCACUCAAGUCAAGGGGACUUUGCUAUGGGGGAGGUGUCCAGGAGAGGCACAGUGCUGCCAUCAGACUCUCCACAGUCACCUUACUAGGCCCUUCUACAAGUACUUCUCAAGGAGCCAAGUGUCCUGCCCAGUAGUGGAGGGGAGCCAGGCUCAGUGGGGAGAGAGACGUGGGAAGCAUGUGCCUUCUUGUUAUGAUGCAGGUUUCAGGGACCCACUAUAGACUGACUGAGUCAGACCCUAAAAUCUGGGUUUUCAAUAGGCCCCUUGGAGGCCUCUGAGGUCCAGGUAGGACCAUGGUCACCGUAGCCCACGUGAGAACAUGGCAAAGACCCUCAGGCCUGGAGGGACUGGGAGCCUGUGUAGUAGCCCCUGCUACUCACUGUCUUAAUUCAGGGACACACAUACACCUCCCAGCUGGGUUGGCACCUCCCAGUGAUAUGGUUGUAUUUAACCCAAUUAUUAAUUAACUGGAAAGGAACAAAGGGAAGGCGGAGUAUUAGGCAUGCCCAGUGAGGUCUGGGUGACUUGGAGAGGUGAUCAUCUGUCAGUCACACCCAGGAGCCAGGUCAUUGGACAGAAUAGGCGUGGCCACUGCAAGGGCGCAAAAUCUGAGAUACAUAAGCUCCUAAACAAGCAGGUUCCCUCUCUUGCGUGCUGGGCUCCUGGUCCAGUUGUUGCAGGGGCACACUCCCCUAUAUUCGUCCACGUGGCCCACAGCUGUGUGGACCCCACACAAUGGACUAACAGACUGUGACUAGCCUGAUGCUGUGCCGGAUUUAACUCCACUGUGGAACGGAAACUGUGGACACUGGCUUUGCUUUUGGCUCUGCUGAAUCCCCAGCUGCACCUUUUCCUGGACUGGUUUAAGGGAUAUGGGACUUUUGAAACCCAGGGAUAUAUUCCACGCAAGUAAAAAUCACCCAUUCUCCCAUGCAAAUCUUAGAAAAUUCUUUUUCUCAAGAUAUCGUAAGAACCCGAUCCCCAACACCCAGUGGGUAAAGGGAUCCCGCACUUUCACCAGUGGAUACCCCACUUCCACCAAUAACACCAGCAUUCUUUUUUUUUUCUUUUUUCUUUUUCCCUUAACACUUCCUCCCAGGGCUUGAAUGCUUGUGGCUACAGCUUAUCACCCCACGGGGCUGUGAACUUCCUCGAAGGCAGGAACUUCCUUCCAUCUUCUCUCCAUUCUCGUUCCUCAUUUAUGUUCAUUAACUCAAUACAUUUUAGUGAGAACUUACAAUGUGCCAAAUGCUAGGCUACGCUCUGAGGAUAUAGCAUGCAGCAAGACUGACAUGGUGCCCGAACCCAGAGAACACACAGUUAAAGGGGAAGAAGACUAGUGUCUAGGAUAUUAUACUGCCCUGGGGAAGGCCUCAGAGGAGGGUACACACAUGGCAUGGUGUAGGUUGCAUAGCAUUGCAUAGCAGAAGAGUCCAGGAAGUCUUUUUAAAAAAAAGCCUUAUGUAAUCUGAAACCUAAAGAACGGGUAAGUGCUAGCCAGGAGAAGACAUAGUACAUACAAAGGCUUUGCACAUAGUAGGCACAUGAAGGAUUGCUAAAGGAAUGCUUGGCUACGGUGCCGCCCUUGUGGUGUGCCUCUCUGCCAGCACCCUGAGUAGGAGGUAGGAGGUCAUGAGGUCUCCGUACCUACCCCUGCCACCUCUUCCCCAUCCCUGACAGCUGUUCUCUUUGCCCCCAGCUAGAGGACUGUGCCCUCCAAGUGUCUCCCUCUGGAUACUACCUGGACCCUGAGCUGUCCCUGGAAGAGCAGCGGGAAAUGCUGGAGGGCUUCUAUGAAGAGAUCAGGUCAGAGCUGCAAAGGGCGGAAGCCUACAUUGAUCCUGCGGACCCAGCUCUCCGUGAGAGUCAAUGCCAUCUUAGAAAAAUUGUAUGGCUCCAGUGGCCCUGAGCUCCGCCGCUCUCUCUUCUCACUAAAGCAGAUCUUCCAGGAGGACAAGGACCUGGUGCCUGAAUUUGUGCACUCAGAGGGGCUGAGUUGCCUGAUCCGUGUGGGUGCUGCUGCUGACCACAACUACCAGAGCUACAUCCUCCGAGCACUGGGCCAGGUGAUGCUUUUUGUGGAUGGGAUGCUGGGAGUGGUGGCCCACACUGAGACCGUGCAGUGGCUGUACAUGUUGUGUGCCAGCCUGUCCCGCUUGGUGGUGAAGACGGCUCUGAAGCUGCUGCUGGUGUUUGUGGAAUACUCUGAGAGCAAUGCACCGCUGUUCAUCUACGCAGUCAACUCUGUGGCCAGCACCACCGGUCAGAGACUGUUCCCUCCCUCCCCACCACUCAGAGCCUUCUCCUACCUUCCUCCUCAUGACUGCUCUCCAUUCUGUGUGGCAGGUGCUCUGCCAUGGGCCAACCUGGUGUGCAUCCUAGAGGAGAAGAAUGGUGCAGACCCUGAGCUGCUGGUGUACACAGUCACCCUCAUCAACAAGACGCUGGCAGCGCUCCCAGAUCAGGACUCCUUCUAUGACGUGACGGAUGCACUGGAGCAGCAGGGCAUGGAGGCACUGGUCCAGCGGCACUUGGGCGCGGCGGGCACUGACAUCGACUUACGUGCACAGCUUGUGCUCUAUGAGAGUGCCCUGCGGAUGGAGGAUGGAGACAUCGAGGAAGCCGCUGCAGGUGGGCGGCGGGAGCGUAGAAAGCCCUCUUCAGAGGAAGGCAAGAGGAGCCGCCGAUCUCUAGAAGGCGGGGGCUGCCAUGUGCGCACCUCGGAGCCUGGCCCCACAGGGCCCUCCUCCUCCUUCUCUUCCGGCCCUGACCCACUCACAAGCCCAGUGCCCAGCCCCAUGGGCCCUGCCUCUGGCCUCUGUACCUCUGCGAACCUCUUUCCUGCCCUCUCCGUGGCGUCCUCAGCUGACAGCUCCUGUGAGAGGAGCAUCUACAAACUUCACCAAACUGCUCCUAUUUGGGCCCCUGAGAGCCCACCUGUCCCCCAGCCCCCUACUGGGCAGGCCAGGCUGGAAGCCCGGUUCCUGGAGAAUGUGGCAGCAGCAGAAACAGAGAAGCAGGCUGCGCUGGCCCAGGGCCGGGCAGAGGCAUUGGCUGGGGCAGUGCCCGAUGAGGCUGAUGGACACCCAGAUGCCCGGGAACUGUGGAGUUCCCCUGAACCGGUCCCAGCUUCUGUACCCAAAACACCCCAGAGCCCUGCCCCCCGAGUCCUGCUCAGGUCCCAGAGGAGCCUUGAGCCAGAGCCCAAGGAGCCACUGGCCCCACCAAGCCCCAAGGCUGAGCCCACCCAGAAGUUCUCUACCCAUGUACCCAAGCUCUGCAUUGGGGACCUGGACUUCUCAGAUCUGAGGGAGGACGAAGACCAGGACAUACUGAACAUAGAGACUGUGGAGGCUGGGAAAGGGGUCCCGCCCCCACCACCCCCACUGCCCUUGCUCUCCGAAGGCCCCCCACCUCCUCCACCCCCACCUCCCCCACCCAUCAAAGGCCCCUUACCACCACCUCCACCACUGCCAGCUGCCCCUCUUCCCCCAUCAGCGCCUGACGGCCUAGCCCUCCCCACCAAGAGGAAGACAGUCAAACUCUUCUGGCGGGAGCUAAAGCUGGCUGGGGGCCAUGGAAGCUCUGGGAGCCGCUUUGGGCCCUGCUCCACCCUGUGGGCCUCCCUGGAGCCUGUCUCCGUGGACACAGCCCGGCUGGAACACCUGUUUGAGUCCCGUGCCAAGGACGUAUUACCUUCCAAGAAAGCUGGUGAGGGCCGCCGGACAAUGACCACAGUGCUGGACCCCAAGCGCAGCAACGCUAUCAACAUUGGUCUAACCACACUGCCACCGGUGCAUGUCAUUAAGGCUGCCCUGGUCAACUUCGAUGAGUUUGCUGUCAGCAAGGACGGCAUUGAGAAACUACUGACCAUGAUGCCCACGGAAGAGGAGCGGCAGAAGAUCCAGGAGGCCCAACUGGCCAAUCCUGACAUACCUUUGGCCCCAGCUGAGACUUUCCUGAUGACUCUUGCCUCCAUCGGGGGCCUGGCUGCCCGCCUACAACUCUGGGCCUUCAAGCUGGACUAUGACAGCAUGGAACGGGAAAUCGCAGAGCCACUGUAUGACCUGAAAGUGGGCAUGGAACAACUGGUGCAUAAUACCACCUUCCGCUGCAUCCUGGCCACCCUUCUGGCUGUGGGCAACUUCCUCAAUGGCUCCCAGAGCAGUGGCUUUGAGCUGAGCUACCUGGAGAAAGUGUCAGAGGUGAAGGACACCGUGCGCAGGCAGUCACUGCUGCACCAUCUCUGCUCCUUGGUGCUCCAGAUGCGGCCUGAUUCCUCCGACCUCUACUCAGAAAUCCCCGCCCUGACCCGCUGUGCCAAGGUGGACUUUGAACAGCUGGCUGAGAACCUGGGGCAGCUGGAGCAUCGGAGCCGUGCAGCUGAGGAGAGUCUGCGGAGCUUGGCCAAGCAUGAGCUGGCCCCGGCCCUGCGUACCCGCCUCACCCAGUUCCUGGCCCACUGCUCCCGACGCGUUACCAUGCUGCGAGUAGUGCACCGCCGCGUCUGCAACAGGUUCCACGCCUUCCUGCUGUACCUGGGGUACACCGCACAGGCAGCCCGUGAAGUGCGCAUCAUGCAGUUCUGCCACACGUUGCGGGAGUUCUCGCUGGAGUACCGGACUUGCCGAGACCGGGUGCUCCAACAGCAGCAGAAGCGGGCCACCUACCGUGAGCGCAACAAGACCCGGGGACGCAUGAUCACUGAGACAGAGAAGUUCUCAGGAGUGGCUGGGGAAGCCCCCAGCAACCCGUCUGUCCCAGUGGCUGUGGGUAGUGGGCCAGGCCAGGGUGAUGCAGACAGUCACGCCAGCAUGAAGAGUCUGCUGACCAGUAAGCCUGAAGAUGCCACACACAGCCGCCGCAGCAGAGGCUUGGUCCAGAGCAGCUCCCCAGUGCCCACAGCAGUGGGGGCCUCCAAUGCACCCCCAGAAGAAUCCCCAGGCUCCAGUUCACCCAGUGACACUUCAGAUGAGAUCAUGGACCUGCUGGUGCAGUCAGUGACCAAGAGCAGUCCUCGUGCCUUAGCUGCUCGGGAACGCAAGCGUUCCCGUGGCAACCGCAAAUCUUGUGAGUACUCCCCACAUACCCGCUGCCCACUUUAUCCCCAGCAAUCCCCUCCAACCCCGCUCUGUCCCUGCAGUGAGACGGACAUUGAAGAGCGGACUUGGAGAAGACCUGGUGCAGGCACUGGGACUGAGCAAGGGACCUGGCCUGGAGGUGUGAAGCCACUGCCUCCAGAAUAUCUACCUGGGCCACAGCCUGCAGGCAAAAGACUAUAUAGAGAGAGGAGGGGCCAGAGCAGAAAUCUGGGCAUCUUCUCAACCCUGGGGUCACUCUGUACCCAGUGGCCAGUGCCUUGAGCAGUAUUAUCUGUGUUUGUGUGUUGUGUGUGUGUGUGUGUAUGUAUGAGCUCCCUGAACACGUGGAGCAUAAUAAAGUUUUCUUAGCCAA